UCAGUCCCUCUCCCAUUUUGCUCACUGCACAGAUGGGGAGGCCUCCUUGCUGCGACAAGGCCAACGUCAAACGAGGGCCGUGGACGCCUGAGGAAGACGCCAAGAUCCUCGCCUAUGUCACCAGCCACGGCAUUGGCAACUGGACCUUAGUCCCUCAGAAAGCAGGCCUAAACAGAUGCGGCAAGUGCUGCAGACUUAGAUGGACUAACUAUCUACGCCCCGACCUCAAACACGACGGCUUCACACCCGAAGAAGAAGAGUGCAUUCUUGAAAUGCACAAGAACAUUGGCAGCAGGUAGAUCUGAUAUAUAGUUCAAAUGAAUCAUCUGCCUCUGCAGCGAGUGUCACGCGUUUUGGGGGUGGAUCAUCGCGCUCGUGUGAGGCUCCAACGCUGCCCACCUCUCCGUUUUCGUGCAACGAGGAAUACAUAUUGGAGUGCAAGAAUAUGGAGAUGGUGGAAUCAGGUAACGAGUUGCAAGAAGAUGGGAAUGUUGUUAGUGAAAAUGAGAUUUGUGUUGAGAAGAGUGGUUCUGCUGCAGAUACAUUUGUGGAAGACAUGUUGGCACGUGACAUGGAGAUUAGGCUGCAGUUUCUAUGAAAACUAUGAUUAUUGAUCAUUGCUCAAAGAUUGCUUUAAAUGUACUAGGAGUACUA